UCCACCUCCUACUUGUUCGAAUACAACACUGAUAUUUCGAUUCUUAGAAACAAUUUCGAUACACGAACAUCUUCAUUUUAUACACUCGUGCAACUUUCGAUAUCUCUACAAUCGAUAUUUGAAUUCUUGUUACGAAAUAACAUGUACAAUACAGUAACCUAAAAUUUAAAUAUAAAAUGUAUAACGAUAUUAAUUUAAAUUUAAGAGCAAAUGUAAUAUAAAAUUGUAAUUUUAUAGUGUUUUGUUUGUCGACGUGUGUUGUUGCAUAUUGAAUGAUACUUAACCUACAAGCGAUUCUAAUAGAAAGGGAACAUGUUACGUCUACUGAGAAACAGAAGAUGGAUCUGCGCAACGAUUUUCCCAUUCACUUCCUCAGCCGGUGACGAUUCCAAUGAUAAAUUCAAAAUAGCGAAUGUUUGGAAUUCUUUUAUUUCUUUCACCAAUCAUAAUCUGUCCAAAGUGGAAAACUUUUGGAACAAAUAUGAAAAAUAUUUUUAUGACGAGAAGGGCUAUCCAACUAAAGAGGUACAAUCAGUUGGCAGUGCAACAUUUAUAGGCUUUAUGACAGGAUUUGCUUUAGGUGGAAUGUACAAGUUGAAAGAUGUGCCGCAGAAACACAGAGAUGAGAAUCAAGUUACACUUUAUGAGAACAAAUUUGUCAUGCAGAGAGAUUUACAAAGAAAAGUUGAACUUGCUACAUUUAAGGGAGGUUUCCCAUUUGGCAUAAGAGUUGGACUUUUCUGCUUCUUUUUCUCGAGCAUAUCUACAUUCUUAUAUGUGUAUAGAAAUUAUACAUUCGACAUACUAAAUCCUAUGAUUAGUGGUGCUGUAACAGGUUUCUUAUUCAAAAUGAAUAUGGGUAUAAAAGGAUCAAUUUCAGGCACUGUAAUAGGUACAAUAUUGGGCACUAUUUACGGCUGUGUCACACAGUUUAUUUUAUUUGUAACCGGAGUUGAGAUAGGUGACACUUACAAAGCAGCAGCCAAUUUAAUGAAUAAGAGACGAGAUCUAAUAAAAGAGAAUGUAAAGAAGAUGAGCAACGAAGAAAAAUCGCAAAUACAAAUAAUGCAUGAAAAGAACUACAAAAUGAGGGAAAUGGUUGACAAAUGAAGAGUAAGAAUUUAGGAAAUAAAAAUUUAAUGAAGAAUCAAUACUUUUUAUCUUCUAUUACUUUUUCUUCUGUAAAUAUUAUCCAAUUACAUAAAAUAUUAUGUAGUGAUAUUUAUAUUUAAUAAAUACAAAAAAAAAAUAAA